AUGGACCCGUCUUUAGUAACGCUAACCCUGCGUCUUUGUGCUCUGCAGGGUGCUGUACAGGUGAAACUGGAACUUGGUCAUCGUGCCCAGGUCCGAAAGAAACCCACGGUGGAAGGGUUCACCCACGACUGGAUGGUGUUUGUGCGAGGACCAGAGCACAGCAACAUCCAGCACUUUGUGGAGAAAGUGGUUUUUCAUCUGCACGAAAGCUUCCCGAAACCAAAGCGAGUGUGCAAGGAUCCACCGUACAAAGUGGAGGAAUCUGGAUACGCAGGCUUCAUCUUGCCCAUCGAAGUUUAUUUCAGAAACAAGGAAGAACCGAAGAAAGUUCGCUUUGAUUAUGACUUGUUCCUCCACCUGGAAGGUCACCCGCCCGUCAAUCACCUCCGCUGUGAGAAGCUCACCUUCAACAAUCCAACAGAGGAGUUUCGUAGGAAGUUACUGAAAGCUGGAGGGCAACGAAAUCCUCACAAAAGAAGUUCAGAAGACUCAAAG